UUGGCAACCUCUCUACGAUUGAACUCCCGAAGUUUAGUGUACGUGUGACCUUUGAACCCCAUAGCCUGCUGCAUGACUGCUGAAUCUCAGACAAGUUUCCGACGAAUAACUCUUGACUCUGCCCAAUUCAAGGGAAAAAGAAACAGGAUUAUGAAUGACUCGGGUCAGGGUGCUGGAAGCACACCUUCUAUGGCUGAACAUGGAAAAUCUACAAGUGUAGCUGAACCAAUAUUCAACAUUAAAGACUUGUCUGAACUUGAAAAUGAGCUGUUAGAAGAAAACAUGUUUAUGUCUGAAGACAGUGGUUCAGAUCACAUAGCAACACCAUUCAAGUAUGUAGUGGCAGUUGGACGUGGAUGCAGCCAGACCCCCAACCCAAGGGAUAUUAGAUUACCACAAGCCUACUAUGAAAAUCUCAGACGCAAGAAUGUUGUCAGGGCCCAAGUCAACUCGGAGAAAUCUGCUGGCCGAGGAAGAAGAUUACAAGAUAUCGAAGCUGAUUUCCCAUUAUCAAUCCAUCCCAUCUACAACAACUCAAGGAGAGUCCACCAAAAUCAACAACCUCGGAGCUGCAGGACCCUGGAAAAGAACUUUCUAGGUGCCAACACACGAGGGCUCACUUCUGAAAUCAUGGAAGGAAAGGCUUGCCUCAUGGAGAGGUUCCUUGGGGAGCCUUUAGGUAGAGAGGCCUUUAAUCCGUUUGAAACCCCCCGGCAAGCACCACACUCAAUACGUUCAAUGCAGACUGCGCCAGGUUUGAAUUUCAACAGGAUGGACCAAUGGCCGGACAUUAAUGGCGGCGGUUGUCAAUCCGAUUGUGGUCAGAAGGGAGGGAGGUACGAUGAAGCGGAGACCCACACCUACCCAAAGAAGCCGCUUAGUCUGCAGGAUCUUAUGAAAACUAUCUCUUCUGCGUCAAGUUUCGAAAGCAGCUCGAGGAAAGAUGCAAGUGGAGGAUUAAGCAGCCCUGGAAGCAAGAAAUGGAGAAAGACGAAAAAGAGAAAAGAGCCUGCACAGCAGGAGAAGAAGGGAGUUGAGAUGAGUGAAGGAGCUGCUGUGCCUCUGUCUAGGGUUGAAGAUGGGAGUCAAGAAAGCCGCAAUCAACAAGGGACCAUACCCACAGGAGCCAAUCUGAUCCAGUUAGACAGCCUACCUGAGGACCUUACAGACGAUCACUUGAGAGCUUUUAUGUCUAGAAUUGGACCUGUAGUCGAUUGUCAUAUACUUCGAGACAAUGACACACAGAAAUGCAUUGGAAUUGCAUUUGUAAGGUUUGAGAAUAUUAAAGAUUGCCUGUCCGCUGUUUCCAGUUUGCAUCAAAAAGACUCGCCAUUUAAAGAUUCGUCCCAACAACUGGAGGUACUCAAGCUGGGUGUUUACAUGGUAUCAUAAAGAAACAACAACAGCAAAUGAAGUCAAGAAUAAGUAACUGUUGUGAUUGCAGAGCGCCCUCUGUUGGUGAACAUGUUAACAAGACAGCUGUUUGUUGACAAGUCUGCUGAAGUGAAGGUUUGUUUGAAAGUAUUUGUAUUAUUUCAAACAGUCCCGUUCUUUACAAGCUUGACAUUAUGUACUUUAUAAAAACCCAUACCCGUUUGACCAGGGGUCAAUUUCACAAAGAUUUAGGACUACAGUCUUAUCUCGAGUUACUCUUCCUAACUUAGGACUACCCUUAAGUUUGUAAUAUCUCCUAGGACUAGUUUACAAAUUGUACAAGCCCAUGUGUUGAGCUGGUGACUGCUGCAUUACAAUAACCAUUCACAAUUUACUGUUUUGCAAAUAAACACACCCCAACAAAUUGUAUACACCGUACAGUUUGAGAGAGCAUAUAAUUGUAGUUCUGGUAUAUUUUGCAAUGUUUUCCAUCUUCUGUUUAACUUAUACUGGAGUAUAAGCAAAGACAUUAGUAACUUAUGGUUCACCUCUCGUGUCCAUGUAGGUUGGCUUUUCAAUGCAUUUGUGUGCUCUAUUGCAAGUCCUGUUGUUAGGUCACACAAGUUAUUGGUUGAGCUGACAAAAUAGUCACAGGUGUUUUGUGUGAUCAACAAUAGAGCUAGAUCAAUCAUCAUUCAAACAACAAGCCCAGGCUUAAUCUGUUGUGUGAUAAAAGAGAAAAAAUUGUGAAAAGCCGGAUGCAAUUAUCAGCAUGACACUUGGGUUGCAAUGUUUUUUAAAGGUUUUUAGAUACAGUUAUUCUCAAAUUUGAGUUAAUUUCAGAGGAAAAUAUUUCACAAUUUUUUGUUGUAUGAGCUUCUUAUUUGAACCACAAAUAAACAAUGUACUUUUAUCCUUGCCAAUCCUGUAUAAUACCAUAGUAGCAGGCGCACAUAAUACCGUGAAAAAGUCAGGGUGUUAGCUAGCACCCGCUCAAAGAUACUUUACGAAAGAAUGAACGGGGUAUUUGAGAAACAAAAACAACCACUGAAGUAGAACAGAAGUGGAACAGAAACACACCUUUAUCUUGAAAAACAAAAAUCUUUAUUUAAAUUGUACAUAUUUUUAAAUCUUACAUUUAGUUCAUGUAAAGGUGUUGAUACUUCAACCAACAAAGUAUCUUCACAAAGUACUUCAUAUGUUUUUAACUUAACAACAUGCCUUGGUCAAGUUGCCAAUCAAACCCUCUCGAUAUAUUAUUAACUGAUUUUUUUAAAUCUUAGAAGUGUCAUAAAAAUUAAUAGGUCUUUUGUUAUGUUUUAUCAUUUCAAAUGUGAAAGCCUAAGUGUGUAAAGCCUCUUUCACACCAAAGCAAUUUAGCAAGGGUCCCUUGCUAAAUUGUAGCAUGGUUGUAAAAUUUUACAAAACCAUUUUUCUUUUGUCCAAGUUCUCUUGUAAAAUCUUGCUUUAACAUUGUACAUUUUACAAGCUAGAAAAAUGAAGCGAGGGACCCCUGCUAAAUUGAUAUCGUGUGAGUAGCAAUUAUGAGUUGCCAAAGUGCCCAGUUUAAUAUAAGCACUGAAAGAACAGCAAAACUACAUGUAUGCCUACCAGAAAAAGGUUACCAGCUAAUAUUAUAUACCAUUCUCAUAAGCAUCUGUAACUGGUAUCCUGGUUAUUGUUGCUCAGCAGAAAUUUGUAAAGCCAUAAUUCUGCUUGAAGCAGCUCUACAAAAUUGGGCCCAGCACUUCUUCGCUUAGGUUAUCGGAUGUAAAAUAACAACUGGUUUCCUCUGUAAGCCAUGGCAACCUGGGUCAUAAACAGGAACCCCCUUAGGUAAUACACAGGUAGUUGAGUCACUUUCCCAUGUUGUGUUUGCUCAGCCCCAGCUGAUCUAUCCAGGGUUCCCUCACUUACUUAAACCGGUGACCUGUACGCCUCAACAGGGCAUUGUUAGCACCUGUCUUCUAGAUGGGAACCAGUUUCAGAAAAAGCCACCAGCAAAAAUUAAUAUCAAGCAGUUAUUUACAUGGAACUAGUGAAUACUGGUGCACAUUACAUAGCACUUUUGCUGGUGACCUGUUUUUGCUGAGCAAGAUUAUUAAUAAUGCAAAGCAGAUUUCUAUGAUUAACAGCUUUAUGAAUUCUGAUCCUAUUUAUACAACCCACCUUUUUUAAAUUUUAUAAUGAACCUUUUUGCAGAAUUGUUUCAUUUAAGUUAAUUCAGUAGCUUCGUCAUUAAAUAAAGAUAUUAAAAGUUGUCAACAUUUUACAUAAACAGAAUGGGUGGUUAUUGAUUGAUUAUUGAAAAUCCACUGGUUGCUUGUGUGAGAUUUGAACCUUUUACCCCCCCCCCCAACCCAAUUAUAGUCAAAUUCUUGUGAUUCUUGUGGCGAUGUCUCAUAAAAAUAACCUAAAAUGCACCAUAUUGUUCAGAAAGCAAGCAAGUUAGUACAACACCUUUUAAAUGUAGGUAACAAUAAAUGUACAUAAACAUCAGGGAUGUCCACUUGUUCCAACAGUAGGUCAAAUAAAAAACCUGCAGAGUCAUCUUUAUACAUUUUUACAAUUAUGUAAAGAACUAUUUACAGUUUACAUCACACCACCCACUCACUUUAGAUAAGUCAUUUAUAAUCCAAGCUUUAACGAGGAUUAUCAGUGACAAUUUGCUGACCCCGGAGUUCUUAACUUAAUCUUAAAUUCUUGAGAUUAGUUGCCAAAUCUAAGCACCAGUCCAAACAGACAUAAGCAUUUUUUUUAUUAAUAGCACAAAUCAUGAAAGGUUAACUCCAGACCAUUAUUCUUUGCCAGUUUGAAAUGUCUGUUUUUGAUUUAGUGGUGUUUUGUUUUUGCGAGGGUAUUUUGCCCUUUGCCUCAGUUUAAAGCUCUUUGAGUUUAUGACCGACUCCAGUAAAGACCAAACUUCCACUAGGAUGGUGUGUUGUAUUACGUUACCACAACAACAAACAACAGUAUUUUUAAUACAAUAAAUCUUAAUAUAUUUAUAUACAAUAUUACAUAUAUUCAAAUGAAAGAAGAAAAUAUACCUUUUUAAUAUAAAUACACUUUGGUUUGCUUACAUCAAUAAGAGAGGUUUUUAUCUGAAACAAUUCCCCGUGGUUAGUUAGUCUAUCGUGCAUCAUUCUUUACCUCUGUAAACAGUUCCGGCAAGUACAAAGAACGAGUUUACCGCACUGUUCACCUAAAGAAAGUUGUGCUACACAUGUG